GCGCCGGGGAGAGCAAGGCGCAGGGGGACGAGGUGGCGGCGUGCCGCGCGCUGCUGCUCGAGACAGAGGCGCGCCUCGCGGCCGAGCGGGAGGCGGCGCGGGAGGCGCGCGCAGAGGCGGCGCGCCUCGAGCGGUGCGUGCAAGAGGCGCGCGCAGAGGCGGCCGCGGCCGCGGCGGCGGCUGCCGACGAGCGGCGCGAGGCGGUGGGCCGUGUGGAGUCGGACUUGGCGGCGGCGAAGCGCGACAUGGACCGAGCGCGCGAGCGCGCGGAGGCGCGGUCUGCCGAGCUGGCCGCGGCUCGCGAAGAGCUCGCCGGCGCGCGCGUCGAGGUUUGCGCGGCGAGGCGGCAGGCGGACCAGGCGGAGGAGGCUGCGCGUGCGGCGGGGCGGCGGGGCGACGAGCUCGAGGCGCGGCUCAAGAGCUGCGAGGGCAGCCUUGCCAGCGCGCGCCGCCUCGUGGAAGGAGAGCAGGCGUCGCUGCAGCUCGCGAAGCAGCAGGAGCUCGGCAAGCAGCAAGAGGUGGAGCGGCUAAAGGCUCUCGUGCAGCGGCUCGAUGCGGGGCGCGAGGAGCUGGCGACGCGUCUCAAGGAGUCGGCCGGGCUCGUCCGGGCGGAGCGGGGGCAGGCGGAGGCGCAGGCGGCGGCGCGGCUGGCGGCGGAGCAGGCGCUCCUCGAGAAGGAUGCUGCGGUGGCGCAGCUGCGCCAGACGGUCGCCAUGCUCGACGAGGAACGGGACGCGCUCGUCGCCGAGGUCGACGAGAAGGCGGAGGAGCUGCACGCGCUCGGCGCAAAGCUCGGCCGCGCCUCCGAGGCGGCGGCGGCUGCCGAGCAGCUCCUCCGGCCAGCUCUCGACCGGGCUGUGGCCGAGUCGGAGCAGCGCGGCAAGCAGCUCUCCCAGGCGGCCGCGGAGCGGGACGCGCUGAUCGCGCAGCUGGGCGAGUCGCAGGGCCUCGCGGGCAGGCUGCGCGACGAGGCGCGCACGCGCGAGGCCGCGCUCGCGGCGACGUCGGAGGACUUGCGCCAGAUGAUUCGCGAGAACCAGCUCGUCAACGACGAGUCGCAGAGCUCGGCGGCGGCGGCGGCGCAGAUGCGGCGCGAGCUCGACGAGGCGCGCGAGAACAGCGUCUUCCUGCAGCAGGUCGUGCAGGCCUUCGAGGCGGAGAAGGAGGAGCUCCUCGAGGCGUACACCCGGCUGGGCGAGGAGGCGAGCGCGGCGCAGAGCUCCUCGCACGCGCUCGAGGCCGAGUGCGACACGCUGCGCAAGUACGCGCACGGGGUGGAGCAGGCGCUCAAGGCGGCGACGGAGCACGCCAUCGCGCAGGAGAACGCGGUGGCGAUGGCGCUGAGCGCCGGCUUGACAGAGUCGCACCUCUCGCGCGCCCUGCUGCACGACAACACAAACGGGGUUGAGUCGUUGCCUGCUCCUGAACCAAAGGCCGUGGCCGUCUAGCGAUUCACCGCACGCUGUCGGGAUCCUCUGCUCGUGUGUUUCUCGGCCACCCUCCCCCCGCCGAGUUGGGUGGGACACAUCCAUCUCGUGUGUUUCGGCCACAUGGACCGACAGGAUGCACAUGUGAAAACCGGUAGACAUAGGUCCAAAAGUGGGGUUUGCCU